AAAGAAAGAAAGAAACAAGUCCUCUCUCUCUCUCUCUCUCUCUCUCUCUCUCAUCGGACCUCUUCACCCUUUCUCUCCGUGAUCUAAUCCCGCCAUGGCUACCGUUUCGAAGCUCUCCAGUCCCAACCCUACGUGUUCCUCCCCCACUUCCUUCAACCCCAAACUUGUGCGUUCUCGAUGUUUGAUCGAACUCAAUACUAAAUCCUCCUUUAAUCGAAGACUUUCAUCGUCUAGGCUCUCCAUCCACGACAACCACGCUCCAGCCCCCUCGAUGGUAAUCAAAUGCUCCCAAUUUGAUGGAAAUGGACCCCAAAUCAAGAGAACAGUUCUUCACGAUCUGUAUGAGAAAGCAGGUCAGAGUCCAUGGUAUGAUAACCUUCGCCGCCCUGUUACUGAUCUACUUCCCUUGAUUGAACGUGGUGUCAGAGGUGUGACCAGCAACCCAACGAUUUUCCAGAAAGCAAUAUCAAGUUCAGAUGCUUACAAUGACCAGUUCAGAGAACUUGUACAGUCAGAAAAAGACAUUGAAAGUGCAUACUGGGAACUUGUGGUGAAGGACAUUCAAGACGCAUGCAGACUUUUUGAACCAAUCUAUGAUCAGACAGAUGGGGCCGAUGGCUAUGUUUCUGUUGAAGUUUCUCCAAGACUUGCUCAUGAUACCACAGGGACUAUUGAAGCUGCAAAAUGGCUUCAUAAAGUGGUUAAUCGCCCCAAUGUCUACAUAAAGAUUCCUGCCACGGCUGAUUGUGUCCCCUCAAUCAAGGAAGUUAUUUCAUGUGGCAUAAGCGUCAAUGUUACCCUCAUUUUCUCGCUCACUAGAUAUGAAGAAGUAAUUGAUGCUUACUUGGAUGGCCUUGAGGCUUCUGGGCUAAGUGACCUGUCCAGAGUAACAAGUGUUGCUUCCUUCUUUGUUAGUCGUGUGGACACACUUGUUGACAAGCUGCUUGAGAAAAUAGGAACCCCUGAGGCCCUUGAUCUCCGAGGAAAGGCUGCAAAUGCUCAGGCGGUUUUGGCAUACCAGCUCUAUCAGAAGAAAUUCUCUGGUCCCAGAUGGGAGGCUUUGGUGAAGAAAGGUGCCAAGAAGCAGAGACUGUUGUGGGCAUCCACUAGUGUCAAGAACCCUGCUUAUCCUGACACAUUAUAUGUUGCCCCUCUGAUUGGACCUGACACAGUGUCAACCAUGCCUGACCAAGCUCUGGAAGCAUUUAUCGACCAUGGCACAGUGUCGAGGACCAUCGAUGCAAAUGUAUCUGAAGCCGAAGGCAUCUAUAGCGCCCUUGAGAAGUUGGGCAUUGAUUGGGGAUAUGUUGGUACUCAACUUGAAGCGGAGGGAGUGGACUCCUUCGAGAAGAGCUUCGAUGACUUACUUGUUAGUCUCCAAGACAAGGCAAACUCUCUUCAACUCGUUAGCCCGUAAAUUUACCGCAACCUUACAUCUGAAAUAAAAGGCAAAAAAUAAUUUUUUUUAAAAAAGGUGGUGUGGUUCUACGUGUUUUCUAAGAUGAGAAUGAUGAAUAAGCACUGGUUCUUGUUAAGUGGUGUAUGUGGUUGAUAAAGUGUGUUCAGUUUAAGCUGAUGAGAAUAACAAUGUGCAACUAUUGGGAUUUGUACGAAAGAGCUAGAGCUAUUAUGUGCGUGUGAAUUACAUUAUUCCUUGUGUUUAAAGAGAAUGGUGUUAGAUGGAUUUCUAAUAGCGGAUAAAUAAUAUUAUUGACAAAUUCUUACCGAAUGUUUUCGGUUA